AAGAAAGCCGCCCAGCUGUUUCUUUUUUGUUAUUCAACGAAUUUUGUGUGUACACAGUGGUCAUGGAAAGCAAUUUGUUUUCAAAAGGAAAGUCUAAAAACUGAAAAAAUUACUAAAAUGGAUUGGGAAUGCAGAGUGUGUGGCGAGCAGAUAUUUAUUUCCGAUCCGAAGAACAUCUUCGACAAGGAAAACUCGGAAAUACUUCUGAGAAUCAAGCAACUCACUGGCCUCGCGUUGAUGUUCAGUGAAAAUUUACCAAUGCAUAUUUGUUCCUGCUGUUUGCUGGACCUGAACCAGGCCGUAGUUUUCCGGGAUCGUUGCCUAAGAACGCAGAGGCGUCUGUAUAUGAAGACAGCAAGAGCACGCGAUGCCGAGAGGAAGUGGGGCGCCCAGGACCCACUGGAUGAACAUGUGCUGCCCACUGAUCCCUCCGGGGCGGAGGACAAGAAAUCACAAGUGUUAUGUGCAUCGGAUGCCAAAGAAGUAAAGAAAAUUGUCCCGAAUCCAAGAAGCGAUUACCCUCGUGUAGUAGUUAAGCGCUACCGCAUGCCAGUAGCAACCACGACUUCACCACAUUCUGAAACACAAAGCCACUCAAGGAACACUACUACAGAAUUAAAAGCAGAAGCAGACUUGCGGGAUAAACCUGGUCCACCAAAAAAGAAAAGAAGAAAAAGAAUUCCAUGUCCGGAGAAGAAAUAUGUGUGUGACCAAUGCGGGUGGGCCUUCAACGACCUGAGUAACAUGAAAGAUCACAAACUCCGACACUCGGAAAAACAAUUUGCUUGCGAUGAAUGCGGCUCGUACUUCUACACUUCUCGCCAGCUUAAAAUGCACGUUCGCGUCAAACAUAAGGGGGAGAAGCCUUUCCUCUGCAAAUACUGCGGUAUGGCCUUCAACAACAGUCCCAGUCGAUGCCGGCAUGAGCGGAGGUACCAUUCAAACGAUCUGCCAUACGUGUGCAAUUUGUGCAGCAAACGAUUUGUGAGCAAAGUGGGCCUGACAAAGCACGCAUUGCUACAUAAAGGAGGAGGAAACGGCAAACAUUACUGCGAAAUUUGCGACAAGGAGUUCAAGGAGGCCAUAUUUCUGAGAGGUCAUUAUUUGACCAAGUACCAUCGCACUAGGGCGAGCAUAUAUGAUGCCUGCGAGUACGAAGAAACAGACAAUGAAAUUGAUUUUGAUUUCACCGAAUCUAUUAUUAAUGAAUAAAACAAUCUACGACUUUUUUUGGCGCCAAA